GUCAGACUUGUAUAUGAGGCAAUUGCUUUUCAAAGACAAAGAUCUUACCCAAAACCAUCAAGACAUUCAGAGAUGAUUGAACUUCCUCAAGAGAUGGUCCAAAGAGGUCGUCCAAGUUCAGAAUCAUCCAUCGAGGUUCUUCAUACACCAAAUACUUCUUCCCAGAAUCUUCUGAACUUCUUGAAUCAUUUGCACCAAACUGAGAGAUUCGAAGACAUAAAAUCCACCCUGAUUACCGUUCUAAGUGAACCUGUUUCCAGAAAAGAGAUUCUGAAUGCUAUACUGUCCUUGCCUCAGUCUGAGAGUCUAACAGCAGAUGGACUAACAGUACAUUUCUAUAAAUGUUAUGCUUGUAAAAUUAUUGACCUCUUACAUGCAUUUUUCAACCAAAUAUUUGACCUCAAGCCAAUUAAACAAACAUCUUUGAACCAAGGCAAAACUGAUCAUACAUACUGCUAUGAUAUUCAAUAUAGCUUCAGUCCGAUCACAAUAAUUAAUGUAGAUUAUAAAAUUCUGGCUUUGAUUCUGGCAGAGAGGUUGAAGAGUGUUAUUGAACAUAUUUUAAAUCCAGGUCAAAGCAAACCACAUAUUUCUAUUCUAGACGACAUCAGUGAUCGAAUCCCAGUGAUUAUUUCAUUAAAACUAGAUCCAGGUGCACUGAAAUGGCCGUAUUUGUUUAACAGCUUAAAGUCUGUGAAUCUACCUGACCGGUUCAGAUCCGUGUUGAAGCUGUUUUUGAUAGCAGAUCACAGAUCACAAGGCUUGAGGGUGGGAUGUCCACUGACUCCUUUACUAGUAAGCAUCUGCCUUCUUCCUCUGAUUAACGCUGUUAACUGCCAGAACAUGUUUUUGGGGUCUAAAGUUCAAGAAGAAACCAUAAAGUCAGCCAUUGAUGAAGACAGAGCCUUGAUUUUUCUUUCCAAUUCGAAUGAAGCUUUGGAUAGUUUUGAAAAGAUGCUCAGGGAUUUUAUUGAGACGUCAGGCUUUGCCAUCCAUGAACGAUGCUCUAAUGUAUUCAUAGCAGGUUCAUCUGGCUUCAGUUUAGGCUAGGGUGACCAU